GUCGACUACACUGGACCAGGAUUUAUGACUCAUACAGAAGAACGUCUUUUGGAAGAACGAUACCGUACGUAUCAAAAAGGGCGAAAUAACGAUGAAUGUGGAGAUUUACUGAAGAUGAGCAUGCUGCCUCGAUGUAAAUCAAUGGCAAGUCAUGAAGAAGAAGCAGUUGUUAUUACUUCUGAGAUGAAAUCUCCAUCGACACCAUGCUUUACCGACGAAGAUGGCACGGAUGAAGAGGAGGACAGGCAAUUAUUAGCUUCAUAUUCUGCAGGAUUUGAUAAUUGUCUCACGGAUACUGCUUUUCAAGCUGAAGAAAACGGUGGUAUGGAAGAGAAGCGUGUUACAAGAUCUUCAUCUAAGGUACCUGAUUGCUGUGUUGUUGCUCUUCGUCUUUCAAGCAAUGUUAAAGUGUACCUAAUGCGUCAAAAUGCAAACCUGAUUUAG